AUGUCUUUUCUCCGCUCUGCUCUUCCAGCCACCCGAGGCGCUCUGCGCACCGGUACUGCCUCCUCGGCACUGCCAAAGCUUGCAACCGCCUCCAAGGCUGGGCUUGCUUCUCCCAUGGCUCCUCGCAACUUUGUCACCUGGUUCCCCACUUCUGAGCCUCGUCUCUCCGAAGUCCAGCAAAACCCUGGUCCUCCCCCUCCCGUCGAGAACAUUGGUGUCGAUGCGGUGUGAGUACAGAACGGAGAGGAGAGGCUGUUCUGCGUGCUCCUUGUUGGCCGUGCUGCAAUUGCGGCGGUCUACGCGCCGUGCGAUGCUGUCUGCCACACAGCGAGAGGCCCAUGAAGGGGCAAAUGUCUUGCACAGCUCGUCUUGCCGCCCGGUGGUCAAAGCGCCGACACCGCUGGCAGGCCAGAACAAAGCAGGAGCAGCCCAGGGAAGCGAGUGCACCCACGGCCUCGAAAGCGCUCGAGCUCGAGCUCCUGCGCGGGACGUGCAUAAGCUUUUCCGCGCAGGGACCUCUGUCUGCUGGCGCGGCAGCCGCCACCGCCUCCACUUUGCGGCAGGUGGGGAAACCGCGCGCGCAGAGGCAACGCGUACGCAAAGCAGCAAAUCCUCGCCCUCGCAGCGAUACAGGCGCAGCCUCGUCAUUCCUUUUGAAGCGGUUGCACCUCCCAUUUUGCUGACACACUCAUGAUCCAUUGGGGUCCGCCCACAGUCUGCGUCAAAACCCCAACGACCCUCACACACACACCACGACCAUCUUCUCCGAGUUCUCCCUUGAAGGCAAGACUGCAGUCGUGACUGGAGGAAACGGUGGUUUGGGUGAGUUGGCGUCAUGGUGCUUGGCGUGCGCGUGCGCGUGCGCGUGCGCUCUGCAUAUCGGCAAAGCGCGCCAUUUGAAAGCUGCGCGGGCGGCGGACGAUGAACAGCUGCAGUAGAGCACUAGCUCACAACUCAGAAACUUCGCCCCGCGGACCGCUUAUCUGGCAGGUCUGGAGAUGGCUUUGGCUUUCGUAAGUGCUGCAUGCUGUAUUGUCAAUGAGCUCACACGGUUUGACACUGAUGCAUGAGAUCGAAUUGACAGGUUGAGGCUGGUGCGCACGUGUACGCUAUCGACGUGCCCGAGCAGCCCGGAGAGGAGUUCAAGAUUGUUGCCGAGCACUGUCGUAUCAUGAACCGCGACUUGAAGUGAGUCUGACUGGCAGUCACUCUGGACCGACCAUCCAGGCUUCUCGUAGCGCGUGCUGACUUGGCGUGUUUCGCCAUUCCCCCCCCACUCUGCAGGUACAUCUCUGCUUCGGUCACUGACGACAAGGACAUCAACGAUGUGAUGGAAUUCAUCGUUGGCGACUCUGGCACAGGCACCUUGGACAUUGCUGUUGCUGUGAGUAUUCGUUCUCGCUCUUCACUGCCUGGCUGACCGCUGAUCGUCUUGGUGCAAUACAUCGCAGGCCGCUGGUAUUCUGGGCACUCACGAUGCUCUGGUGUACCCAGUAGAGGACUUCAAGAAGGUGAGUUUAGCAGGGUGCAGCGCAACGAUUGACUUCCGAGUUGAUUCACAUCUGCUUUUUGUGCCACAGAUCUUCGAUGUCAACACUACUGGUGUCUUCUUGACUGCACGUGCAGCAGCCCGUCAAAUGUACAAGCAAAAGGAGGUUCAAGGUUCGAUCAUACUCAUCGCCUCCAUGUCCGGCUCCAUUGUCAACCGUGACCACCACUGGGUUGCCUACAACGCCUCCAAGUCUGCCGUGCUCCAAAUGGGCCGUAACUUGGCCGCUGAGUGGGGCCCCCACAACAUCCGAGUCAACUGCAUCUCCCCUGGUCACAUCCGCACCCGCAUGACCAGUGUAUACUUGGAUGCCAACCCUCACCUGCUUGCCAAAUGGUCCACCUCCAACCCUCUCGGCCGUCUGGGUAGAUCCGCAGAGAUGCGCGGUGUCGCCGUCUGGCUUGCUUCCCCUGCUUCCAGCUUCUGUAACGGAUCAGACAUCAUUGUGAGUUUCUUCUGCAAGAUUGGAUUCAGCUUCGAGGAUUGAAGAGGCGAGACGUGGCUGAGUGAAUGCUCUCCUCACAUCACAGGUCUCUGGUGGUCACCAAAUCUGGUAAGAGCAGAUUUCUCAAGACAAUAUGCAAAGAGGUGGGUUCAAAUGCCUUGCGUCUGCGUCCACUCGUUGCGCCGUUCUGAUGACGCUAUUCAUCUCUGCAGCCCACAUCACCAAAGCAAGACAUUCCUCAAUCUCUCUCUGGCUUCGAUGGCCGCGCUGCAAGCCGUACCUCAUCCUACAUUCUCAGGCCCAAACACGAGCCUUGUUCGUGA